GGAUCCACCCACACCCGCCCCUCUCGUCAUAUCUGGCAGCACAUCAACCAUGCCGGUAGCAAAGAAGCCAGUGUCUCCGCUGUCUCAGUCUCCGCAGAAUGUCUCCGUGCCCCUGGGACAUCAAGCGGAGUUCAGUGCGGAGACAACGCGCGUGGGGACACGUGUCUCCUGGAGACACGGGGACAAGGAGAUCCGGAGUGGAGACAGAGUCUCCAUAAAGAGUGUUGGCAAGCGUCACACUCUCACAGUGGCGGCUGUCACAGCUGAGGAUUGUGGGAGCUACAGCCUGCAUGUGGGGACGACUGUGGUGGAGUUCACCCUGAGUGGUGAGCCCAAUGAGAACUCAAACAAUGAUGUUAAACAGGUUACAGGUGAAACCACUGGAAACUCAAACAAUGAUGUUAAACAAGUUACAGGUGAAACCACUGGAAACUCAAACAAUGAUGUUAAACAAGACACCGAGGAAGCUCGCUCGCUCACCGGCCUCUUCCUCACCACCCCGCAGGACGGCACCGUCACCGCCGGCGAUGACAUCACCUUCUCGGCUCAAGUUGAUGGCAGUGGCAGCAUCAGGAAGAAGCCUCAAGUGAGAUGGUUCAAAGGCAAGUGGAUGGAUCUUGCGGGGAAGACCGGAAAGCAUCUCACUCUGAAGGAGACAGUCAACAAAGACACCAAGGUGUUCACCUUCUCACUGUGCAUCAUCGCGGCCAAGGAGAGUUUCUCUGGCUCCUAUCGCUGCGAGGUCGUCUUUGGUGAUGUCACCGACUCCUGGGGGUUCAACGUCUCCGUUAUAGCCAAAGAAUCGCAGACGGAAGACAUCAGAGCAGCCUUCAAAAGAACGAGAACUGGCAGUGAAGAUGCUGGGGAACUUGACUUCAGUGCACUGCUCAAGAAACGAGACUCGCGGGCGUCUCUGCCCGCCGAGCCCGAGGUGGACGUGUGGGAGAUCCUGAAGAGCGCCAAGCCCUGUGACUACGAGAAGAUUGCCCUGCAGCACGGCAUCACCGACCUGCGCGGGAUGCUGACUCGCCUCAACGCCAUGAAGAAGCGCGCAGCUCCGCCCAAGGCCUCCGCCUUCCUGUCCCGGCUGCCGCCGACGCUGCAGGCCAUGAGGGGCGAGCGUGUCCGCCUCGUUCUGCAGGUCCGCGACCGCAACACCGAGGUCACGUGGCUCAAGAAGGGCAAGGAGCUGAGGCCUAGCGGCAGAGUGAUGAUGGAGGCUCUGGGGGACAAGCGCGUCCUCGUGAUUAACAAGCUGUCUUUGGACGACGAUGCGGAGUACUCGUGCCGCAUCGGCGAUGAGAUCUGCUCCUUGGAGCUCUUCGUUCAAGAGCCCCCAGUGAGGGUGGUGUCCCCACUGGACGACCAGAGCGUGCUGCCCGGACAGGAGGUGGAGCUGGAGUGUGAGCUCUCGGAGUCAGGGGCCAGCGUCCAGUGGUUGAAGGACGGACAGGAGGUGUGUCUGUCCAAGUGUCCCCGUCUCUCCGAGCGGAGGGACGGGAGACAUGUCGCGUUGGUCAUCGCGGACGCCGAGGAGGGAGACACGGGGAGAUACACGGCUCGGACAACGGGCGGAGAGACGGCGUGUCUCCUCAUCGUCGAGGAGGAGCACGUGUCGGAGGCGGUAGCGGACGUGGCGGUGAAGGCCUCUGACCAGGCCGUGUUCCGCUGCAUGGUGGCCGACGAGACGGUGGGCGGCACGUGGAUCAAGAACGGCGAGCCGGUGGAGCCGAGCCAGCGAGUCCACGUGAGCCACGAGGGACGGGUUCACAUGCUGGUGAUAGACCACAUGCAGCCAGACGAUGAGGCUGACUACAGCUUCAUACCAGACGGGCACGCAUUGUACCUAUCGACUAUGCUGGGCAUGAUCGAAGUGAAGGUGCAGUUUGUACCACGCCAAGUGCCCCCCAAGAUCCACCUGGACUGCCGGAACAAGAUGCUUGACAACGCGAUCGUUGUGAUCGCCGGCAACAAGCUGAGGCUGGACGUGCCGGUGACUGGAGAUCCGGAGCCCACGGUGACCUGGUACAAGGAGGGUGAGGUAAUGGCGAGUGGUGAGGGCCGUGUGAUGGUGAGGAGCUACACGGGAGGGUCAGCUCUGACCCUUCAGGGUGCCGAGCGAGGCGAUGGAGGACGAUACGCCAUCGCUGUUGAUAACCCUGCUGGUGUCGACUCGGCCGACAUCACCAUCACCGUGCUGGACAUCCCGGACCCCCCCUCGGCCCCCACCAUCAGUGACGUAGGUGAUGACGUCUGCACGGCCACGUGGGAGCCCCCUCACUACAACGGAGGGGCUGCCCUGCUGGGCUACGUGGUGGAGCGUAAGAAGCUCUCGAGUCGCCGCUGGAUGAAGCUGAACGUUCGUCCCUGGGCCGAGUCGUCCAUGCGGUGUGAGCGCAUGGUGGAGGGGGUCGCCUACCAGAUCCGGGUGUGCGCCGUCAACCCCGUGGGCACCUCGCUGCCCGGGGAGCCGUCACGGACAUUCGUGCCGCUGGCCCCCCCGGGCCCCCCGAGCCACGUGACUGUGGAGGCGGUGACCGACUCCACAGUCACCCUCAGGUGGAGACCUCCCGAGAGGGGCGGGGCCGGCGGCAUCGACGGAUACCACCUGGAGUACCGUAGGGAAGGUGAGGAGACGUGGGUGUCGGCGUCCCCGUGCCCGUGUCCCCUGCCGUGUCUCCGUGUCUCCGGGCUGUCCACGGGCGAUCGCCUCCAGUUCCGCGUGUCGGCGGUGAACCGCGCCGGGCACAGCGCUCACGGCCACGCGGGGCCCCUCGUGGUGAGGGAGAUCGUUGAGCGCCCCAAGAUUUGGGUGCCCCGCUAUCUACGCCACACCCUGACGAGACGGGUCGGAGACUCCAUCAACAUCCUCGUGCCGUUCCAGGGGAAGCCCAGACCCAAGGUCACGUGGUCGAAGGACGGGGAGCCCUUGGACCCUAAGCAGGUCAGCUGUCGCUCUGGAGACACGGACACCAUCCUGUUUGUCCGCUCGGCUAGCCGUGGCGACUCAGGGCUGUACCAGCUGCGCGUGGAGAUUGACAGCCUGGUGGACGUCGUGGACUUACGCGUGCAGGUCAUAGACCGGCCCGGCCCGCCUGUCCGUGUGGAGGUGCUGGAGGUCUCGGGCUGUUCGGUUUCCCUGCGCUGGGACAAGCCCAGAGACACGGGCAACUCGGACAUCACGGGGUACAGCGUAGACAAACAGGACACCAAGUCUAUGGAGUGGUUCAAGGCUGUGGCCCACGUCCACCGUUGCUCGUCCACCAUCUCGGGCCUGGUGGUGGGCAACUUCUACAAUUUCCGCGUGUUCGCUCACAACGACUGUGGGUCAAGCCUCAUGGCAGGAGUCACCCCACAGUCCACCCUCAUCCCCAAGCCUGGCUGGGAGUGGCGCCCGCCGCCGUUCGUGCCACGUGACCCGAGCGAGGCUCCCAGCUUCACGCAGCCCCUGAGUGACGUCAGAGCCGUGCAGGGGUUCCCCUGUCUACUCACCUGUAGUGUGCGUGCUCACCCAAAGCCCCACAUUGCGUGGUUCCGUGGGGAGUCGUGCGUCUCCGAGGAGUUGGGCUUCCGUUCGCUGCACUCCCAGGGAGUCUGCACGCUGGAGGUCCGUCGCCCGGGGCCGGCGCUGGCGGGCUGCUACUCCUGCCGGGCGACUAACGGGCUGGGAGAGGCGUCCACCAGCUGCCAGCUAACCCUGCGCCCGCUGCCUUAAUUACUCAGCUGAGACCAUCACUUUGGAAUCCACGUGUGGCCCAAAGUGAAGAGGCCAUGUAAGGCUGAAGACUCGAGACAGCCAAAACCAAUUGCAUGCCGAGUUGCCAAGUUGCCGAGUUGCCGAGUAGUUGUGUUGCUGAGUUUCUAAGUUGCCAGGUUGUUCAGUUUGUGCGUAAAUAAGUUACUGGCUGGCUGCGUAGCUGAGUUGUUGAGUUGCUGGGUAGCUGAGUUGCUGGGUAGCUGAGUUGCUGGGUAGUUGAGUUGCUGGGUAGCUGAGUUGCUGGGUAGUUGAGUUACUGGGUAGUUGAGUUGCUGGGUAGCUGAGUUGCUGGGUAGUUGAGUUGCUGGGUAGUUGAGUUGCUGGGUAGCUGAGUUGCUGGGUAGCUGAGUUGCUGGGUAGUUGAGUUGCUGGGUAGCUGAGUUGCUGGGUAAUUGAGUUACUGGGUAGCUGAGUUGCUGGAUAGUUUAGUUGCUGGGUAGUUGAGGUCGCUGGGUAGUUGAGUUGCUGGGUAGC